GCCGCAGUUCAGCUUCACAGCGCUUAACGAACGGAACGCAUCAGCAACAGCAGCAGCAGCUAGCUAGCGACCCACCACCCACCGUGUGAUUUGCGUCGUAUCGACAACCGUAUUUGUGGUGUUUCAAGUGUUUAUGAACGUGUCCUUCAAACUGAGAGACCUUUUCCGUUAAUGAUUGCGUGCGUUUGGGGAAGAACGAAGAACAACAAGCAUAAAAUAACAGCAUAAACAAUCCAGUUUUCUUGUAGAGUGCGAUAGUGUGCUCAGUGAAAGUGUCACCAACAGACGCAGGCAGCGAGACACAAUUUCUCUCUUAAAAUCGUUGUACGCGCGUGAGCGGAAGUCGACACCAUUUACGGGUGUUCCCUCCAUCAAAGGCAAAAGCCCGCCAAAUGGUGCAGCACUACUAGCAGCAGCAGCAGCAGCACUACGGAUGCAAGAGUGAAACCAUAGCAAGAAGGAAACAGAACCGUGAAGAAGCCAAUCAAAUGCACGAACUAGUUUACUGUGCCAGUCAUUAACGAUCCGGUUCGGGGUCCUUUAAAAAAAAAGAACAUUGAAGGCCCGCCAGCGAAGGACACCGCGGUGUCUCAGCACAGCACGCUUUUAAGAUCGUGUGACCAUCGUCUAAUGCCGUGUUAAGGCUAGCGAACAAAGACGCCGUAAAAACACUUCAUCUUCAGUCGAUUUCCUUCUCGCGGGGGAACCUUCAAGGACUACAAGCCAAACGAGGAGAAAGGGAAACGCAAACGCAAUGGAUAUCUACUACAUGAGCGACAGCCUCCAGUACUCGUCGUUCCGGGGACCGACCUACCGGGACUACGAGAAGUUCCCGUACGGCACGCUGGAGAACCCGCUCAACAAUCCGAUCCCGAAGAGCAAGCAGCAACAGCAGCGACACUCCGGAUCGCCUGGAUCGGUCAGCGCUCAAGCCAAACUGCUCAGCUACAUCGGCAAGACGGCAUCGAGCGCCAGCGGAAAAUCGUCGAAGGAUUCGUGUCCGUUCUGCAAGGAACAGAAAAAGCGACCGCUCGGCGCGUACAUGCGCAAGCGUGGCCAGCGCAUCACUUCCGAGAGCAUCAGCGAAGAGUGCAACGAGCUGCGGGAGGAGGAUGAGGAGGAGGACGAGUGCCCGGCCGGUGCCUCAUCGCCCGGGGCUGGCAGUCCCACGGACGAUCAUCAGCACAUGCACCGCGGUAUGGCGGGCCGCAGCUUCAAUCGGCAAGAAUCAAACGAAAGCAAGUAAUCGCGGAUGACGAUCGGAACAGGAGCAUACAAUCAGCUAUCGGUAAAGGCAGGGAGAGAAUAUUUAGAAUAUUUUAUAUUAUUAUUAUUAUUAUUAGGUGUAUAAGGUGUAGGAAGGGUGAAGCCUUCCCGCGGAGUAGAGUAUGCUAAGUCACCCACUAGAGCGAGGAAGAGUAACGCUUCCUUCACUCAAAGGAAGAUGAUCAAAGAUCUGGAUCAGGUUCUGGUAAGCGCGUUUUUACUAGAAGCGAUAAUGAUGAUGAUGGUCAUAAGAUCGCUAUCGCGAACCAAGUGAAAAGAAGGUCCUUAAUUUAUCGAGAAGAACAAAAAGACGAGAAAAUCCAGCGAGAAGAAUGGGGCACACAUCUUCUACCGCUACCGGCGAGGAUUAAUAUGCUGCAAAAGACUGAUCUAUAAUAUUAAUGCAGAGAGAGACUAAGCGCUUACACGAGGACAGUGUAUUUUGAUAAAAAAAAAAAAACUGAAACGGUUUCAAUUGCAAUCAAA